CUGUCCUGUUACUCUGCUCGGUCUGGGAGGUGGAUUUUCAGGUUACAGUGUACGCGUGUGGCCCAGUCGGGGUGCGGCACAGAGGGACCGUGUGUGCGUGCGUCUGGGUUAGGCGGGGCGGGUCCAUAUCCGGGUGGACUGGGUGGGUGGGGCCGCCCCUCCCUCCAAGUCCCGAGGUGGGUAGGGGGCAGGGGUGACGCGCGGAGAUUCCCUUUUGCCCCUUCAGAGCCGAGAGGGGGCGGCAGAAGGAACGCGAAGGGUGACAGGGCGUGGAUUCAGGGCGUGCCCACUCUGCGGAUCGGUGCCCGGGGGCGCCCCCGGCCCCCGCGUCGGAGCGGCCGCUGGGCCGGGAAAGAAGCGGAGGAGGCAUCGGAGGGCUGCUCACGAAACCGCCACCGGCUCGGAACUUGCCGUGGAAAGUAGUGCGGAGGGAGGGGCCCGGGCUGGGGCCGCGGCAGGAGGAGGGGCGGCCGCAGCUGCAUCCAGCCCGCUUGGCUUCUUUCCCAGCUCUCCUUCGCCUCCUCCUCUUCCUCCUGUAUGAGUCAGGCAUUUCCCGGGGAUUUGGAACAGCCACGCGCGGCCGGGGGCCCGAGGCCGUAGCAGCAGCAGUCGCCGCCGCUGCGCCAGGAGCUCCAGCGCUGCGGCCGCCACCGCGGCGGGCACCCGCGUCCCGGGCGCGCACGGACCAUGGAGAGGGCGGCCCAGGGCGCAGACGGCGGGGGCAGCAAUAGCAGCAGCCGCAGCAGCAGCCGCGCCACCUCGGCGGGCUCCUCGCCCUCCUGCUCCCUGGCGGGCCGGGGGGUCUCCAGCCGGUCGGUGGCGGCCGGGCUUGGCGGCGGGGGCAGCCGCAGCAGUCCGGGCUCGGUGGCUGCUAGCCCGUCCGGAGGAGGUGGCCGCAGGAAGGAGCCGGCGCUCGAGGGCGUGCUCAGCAAAUACACCAACCUUCUCCAGGGCUGGCAGAACAGGUACUUCGUACUGGAUUUUGAGGCUGGAAUCCUGCAGUAUUUCGUGAAUGAGCAAAGCAAACACCAGAAGCCUCGAGGAGCCCUGUCUUUAUCAGGAGCCAUAGUGUCUCUGAGCGAUGAGGCUCCCCACAUGCUGGUCGUAUACUCUGCUAAUGGAGAGAUGUAUAAACUGAGAGCUGCUGAUGCAAAAGAGAGACAGUUUUGGGUGACUCAGCUUCGAGCUUGUGCCAAAUACCACAUGGAAAUGAAUUCUAAGACUACUCCAAGCUCCCGAAGCCGAAGUCUCACUUUGCUUCCCCAUGGAACACCCAAUUCUGCGUCUCCCUGUAGCCAGAGACACCUCAGUGCGGGGGCGCCCGGUGUUGUCACAGUCACGCAUCACAAGUCGCCUGCAGCCGCCCGAAGAGCCAAGAGUCAGUAUUCCGGCCAGCUUCACGAAGUCAGAGAGAUGAUGAGCCAGGUGGAAGGACAGCAGAAGAAUCUUGUGCAUGCCAUCGAGGCCCUGCCAGGCUCUGGCCCCCUCACAGCCUUGGACCAGGACCUGCUGCUCCUGAAAGCCACCUCUGCUGCCACCCUCAGCUGCCUGGGCGAGUGCCUGAGCCUGCUGCAGCAGAGUGUGCACCAGGUGGGCCAGCCCAGCCUCAAGUCAGGGGCCUCAGAAAACAUCCUGGGAUGGCACGGACCCAAGUCACAUUCCACAGAGCAGCUGAAAAAUGGGACAUUUGGCUCCUUGCCAUCAGCUAGUGCCAACAUAACGUGGGCCAUCUUACCAAACUCCACCGAAGACGAAGACGAACGGACCUUACCGCCAGAGCCGGAGUCAAACUCAGGCCCUGAAUUGGUUUUGUCUGAAGAUGAAAAAAGCGACACUGAAGAUAAGGAAGAGACAGAACUGGGUGUCAUGGAGGAUCAGCGUAGCGUAAUUCUUCAUCUCAUUUCACAGCUCAAACUUGGAAUGGAUUUGACCAAGGUGGUGCUCCCCACGUUUAUCCUGGAAAAGCGGUCUUUGCUGGAGAUGUAUGCAGACUUCAUGGCACACCCCGACCUGCUGCUGGCUGUCACUGCGGGCGCCACGCCAGAGGAGAGGGUCAUUUGCUUUGUGGAGUAUUAUCUCACAGCCUUCCACGAGGGCCGUAAGGGGGCGCUGGCCAAGAAACCCUACAACCCCAUCAUCGGGGAGACAUUUCACUGCUCUUGGGAAGUUCCCAAGGACAGAGUCAAGCCGAAGAGGACUGCUCCCCACACUCCCACAGGCCAGGAACACCCGAUGGCCGAUGACCUUUCCAAAAGCUACAAAGUAAGGUUUGUGGCUGAGCAAGUGUCCCACCACCCACCCAUUUCCUGCUUCUACUGUGAGUGCAAAGAGAAGAGACUGUGUGUCAACACUCACGUAUGGACCAAAAGCAAGUUCAUGGGCAUGUCUGUGGGGGUGUCUAUGAUAGGAGAAGGUGUGCUGAGGCUCUUGGAGCACGGGGAGGAUUACGUGUUCACCCUGCCGAGUGCUUACGCCCGGUCCAUCCUCACCAUCCCCUGGGUGGAGCUCGGGGGCAAGGUCAGCAUCAGCUGCGCCAAGACUGGCUACUCGGCCACAGUGAUCUUCCACACGAAGCCUUUCUACGGAGGCAAAGUCCACAGGGUCACAGCAGAAGUGAAGCACAACCCAACCAACACCAUUGUUUGCAAGGCUCACGGGGAAUGGAACGGGACCUUAGAGUUUACCUACAACAACGGUGAGACAAAGGUCAUCGACACGACCACACUGCCCGUGUACCCGAAGAAGAUAAGACCUCUGGAGAAGCAGGGGCCCAUGGAGUCCAGGAACCUCUGGAGGGAGGUGACACGAAACCUGCAGGUGGGGGACAUCGACUCUGCCACUGAGCAGAAGCGGCACCUGGAAGAAAAGCAGCGCAUAGAGGAACGGAAGCGGGAGACCCUCCGCACGCCAUGGCAGCCCAAAUAUUUUAUCCAGGAGGGUGAUGGCUGGGUUUACCUCAACCCCCUUUGGAAGGCACACUGAUGGGUUGGAGAUGCAGAACUUUCAGAAAUAGCCCUGCUUUUGUAGGAAUUAAAGUGGUACAGUAAUAAGGUUCUGCUGAUAUUUUGUUGAAACAUAUCGUUACCCAAGAAAUGAUACCUGAGAAAUUAUAUACUGUGAAAAAUGCACCCCUAACUGUUAGGAUUGUACUUAUUCAAGAGCCAUUUGGGGUGUGUAUGUGUACACAAGUGUGUAAGCGCUCAACACACUGUACACAUGCACAGACCACACAUCUGCUGGGUAUUGAUUGCUACACAUGUAAAUACUGUACUCAGCAAGGGUCAAGUGGGUAAUCACGAGUUCCUUUUUACCAAUAAAAAGUUUGAGAUUUUCUAUUCUUCACAUUGCCAAAAAUGGUUUACGCUCCCAAAGGUAUUCUCCUUCAGUCGAGUCUGGAGAAAAUGAAGAUGUGCUGGCGUGGCCCAGUGGAUGAGCUCCUUUCUGGUAGGCAGUUGUCUUUUCAAAACUUUUGUGAUUCCCUCCCCACUUUAAUAUUUUGUCUAUCUACACCCAAGAAAGAUAAUUGCUCUUUCCUCUUGGAUUGAGCAUGGACAUGAAGCCUUCAGAGGUUUAUGUCAGAGCCUUCCAGGCUGGAAUACCUCUGAAAGAAUCUUGAGUCUGACCCACCCUGGCAUUUUUUCCAAAAUACAUGCCUCCAACCUUGUUAUUUCUAAUGCUCAAAGCACUAUUCAUACAUUUUUCAGAAGCUGCUGCUUUUACAGUAGAGAACAAAUUACAUGAAGACGUCACUACUUUUAUGAUGAAAAAAGGGCUUUAGAAGUUACAUACACGCAUGCAUAUACAAGUAUGCAUAACUACAGCCUCAAUCUUUUAUUUAGUUUGGGGAAAAUGUUUCCUGUGGAUUUUUUUUAGUGUACCUGUUUGACCCAACUCUGCAAGAAAACCACUGUGAUUAAAACAUACAGAAAGCCUGCAUAAGUAUUCCAUGGUUUCAGUUGAAUUUCAAUCCUCAAACUUUACAAAUGUGGUCAAGACAUGACUAGAAUAUAAAGCAAGGAGAAAAAAGAUCUGAUUUUUUGCUCUAUGCUCAAUUUAUUUUUUACUGUGCCACUUCAAUGAAAAUAUUUAUAAAAUCUAGUAGCAUGAAUGCUUCUCUGUAGUUAAUACUGAUUUUGUGCCUUUUGCCUGCUUUCUUAAGACUAAUUGUUCACACUUUGUAGAUAUUAGACAAAUAUAUUUCGAUUAAAUACUAUACAUACCUGUGUGUGUUCUUUCCAAGCCAUGAGUCCCAACAACAAAUUUUAAUGGUAAGUUAAUAAAUUGUUCCUAACUUGGUGUAAACAGCAAUCAUAUUUUAAGCACUUUAAAUCAACCCGCAUCAACAUUUAUGGUAUUUUUCUGAUAUAGCAUUGGGUGUUCAGGUCCUUUGUCUUAAAACCAGUAGAAUAAAAUAUUUGCAGCCAUUUCAUUUUGGAGGGGGAAAGUAGAUUAGGCAUCAUUUUGAGAGGAAAAAACCUUCAAAGGAAAGAAUCACUUUAUUUUUAGAUUGUCCUUAUUCUGUAAAAUAUGGAGGGUCCCUUUUUUCAUGUGGGGUGAGAGGGUGUUUUGUAUUUUCAUAUAUAGAAAGGAUAACAACUUAAUUUUCGAAACUUAAGUUCACCAGUACCACAAAAGCCACCUGCGUGCCUACAAUUUUGUGUCCUGCUCCUUGUCUCCAGAGGCAGGUAACUGCCACCGCCCUGCUCCUGGCACAACCAUUCUGGUGUAUAUGUGUGUUUGAAAAGAACAUGCUUGAUGUUUGAAUGUUUUCAAAUUUAUGCAGAUGCAGUCAGCUUGCCUAUCUGGGCUGACACAGGUCAAAAAACCCUGCUCUGAGUGUGUGUUCAUUUUAUUAUUCUGAGUUCAGUUUCAGUAAUUUUCUUACAGAAUAUAUGUAAUACAAAUAUAAUUAGUGGGUAAGCAUCCAUCCCAGUUUCAUCUUCCCAAACUCUGUAAACGCAUACACUUUGACUUUGUAUUCCCUCUACAUCCCUAACAACCACUGUUCUAUUUUGUGAUUUUGAAAUUGACUAUUCUAAGUACUUCCUGUAAAUGGACUACUGUAAUACUUUAGCCCUUUGUGUGUAGCCUGUUUCACGUUACAUACAACAUUCAAGGUUAAUUGAUUUCCUUCCUUUUAAAGAAUAAUUAUUCAUUGUGUAUAUAUACCACAUCUUGUUUAUCCAUUCAGCCACUACAAAUAAUGCUGUUAUGAAUACAGGAGUGCAAAUCUCUAAAUUCUAGUUCCCAAUACUUUCAGGGGUUUUAUACAUACACAUAUAAAGUGUGUGUGUAUAUAUAUUGUAUACACACACAAACACACACACACACACACAUAUAUACUCAUAAAUAAGAAUCAUGUGCAGUUUUUGUUAGUGAAAGUGGGAUGACAGGAGUGUUACCUGCCAAUUCCAAAACUUGCUUUCUUGGGUUUCCCCUGAGACUUUCAGUAAACUACGGCUGGGAAGUAUAGAAUUUUGGGGGUGGUGGGAGCGAUGAUGGAAGGUGGAGGGUGAUCUACUAACAGAAAAAUGGGCAGGCCAAAAACAAAAGAAACACCACAAAGCAAUGGGACUUCAACUCUCUAGAACCCUAGAACCCAACUACAAAGAAAUGAGAGGUCUUACCUUCCUGCUAGAGAGUUCAAAAUUGCCAUGAUAACCAAAUGCAGGGGAA